AUGUUAGCGUUGAAUUUUGUAAAAGCGCUGCUAGCCAUUAUUCUGGUUACGUUAGGACCAUUUGUUCUCUUUGUAAGAGCAGAAGAAUUUUUAAUUGGAUAUCUGACAGGAUCUCAGCGGCGAAAAGGCGAUUUGGAGUACAAAAGACCAGGUUUAAGAAUAUCUGGAGCAAUUACUUUGGCCAUUAAGGAAGUCAACGAAGGUCCUUUGGGUCGUAUGGGCCAUAGUUUAACAUUGGUGCCCAGAGAAACCUAUGGGUCAGAAGAAGUUUCGAUCCGUGAGACCGCUUACCUUUGGUCUAAAAAUGUUUCUUGCAUAAUAGGCCCACAAGAAACUUGCGUUCACGAAGGGAGAAUGGCAGCUAGUUUUAAUUUGCCGAUGAUUUCAUAUUUCUGUACGAAUGCUCUAAGCUCCAACAAGAUGGACUUUCCAACAUUCGCAAGAACUAGGCCUCCCGAUACUCAAAUUUCAAAAUCUGUACUAGCUGUGCUGAGACAUUUUAAUUGGACACAGAUUUCGUUUCUUCACAUGUCUGGACCAGAUACAGAUUUUGGUCUGGUUGCUCAAAACAUAAUAGAUCAAUUAACAAAUAAUGAAGAUGCAGGUAUUAAUAUACGUCAGAUUUCUACAUGGCCUCAGCAAUACCAUCAUGGAUAUACUGAAAAUCCAUUUACCAAAAUUGUUCAACAAACUAAAGAUGACACAAGAAUUUACGUGAUAGUAGGACACCAGUAUGAGCACAUUGGCUUGUUAAUGGCGAUGGAUGAACUACGAUUGUGCGAUACAGGACAGUAUUGGGUUCUAGGAGUCGAUAUAGAACAGUAUGAUCCGGAGGAUCCUUAUAAAUAUCUUCACGGAUUAUUGCAGAAAAAGCCAGAUAAACGUUCAUUCGAAGCGUUCCGCUGUUAUUUUCUGGUAAUGGCCACAGCCCCAAAAAAUCAAAAAGAUUUUGCUCGAAAAGUAAAUCACUACUUAGAGCUACCACCAUUUAACUAUCCGAAUCCAUUAGCUGCUAUAGGAGGAGCGAAAACUAUAAGAGCAGAGGCUGCUUAUUUGUAUGAUGCCGUACAUAUUUAUUCACGUGCAUUAAUGCAAAUAAUUGAAAACGGCGGCGAUACAAGAGAUGGUAUUGAAAUAAUUGAAGCUGUCAAAAGAAAACAUUAUAUGAGUGCUAUGGGAUAUAUGGUGUAUAUGGACGAAAAUGCAGAUGCAAUGGGUAACUACACAAUUGUUGGCUUCAAAAACAAUACUACAAAUUCUGGUUUAUAUCCUAUCGGUGACUUUAUACUAAAUGAGCAUCAUACUGGAGUGCCGGAAUUAAGGUUAUUAGAAGAAAUACAUUGGAUUGGUGAUGGUCCACCAGUAGCAGAACCUCGUUGUGGAUUUCAAAAUGAAAAAUGCGUCAACCACACAACAGAGAUAGCAAGCGGCGUAACGGGCGUGAUAAUCACUUGUGUCGUGAUCAUUUCCCUGAUAGCAUACAGGAAUUGGCGCUACGAACAGGAGCUUGAUAAUCUCUUGUGGAAAAUAGAUUUCCGCGAAAUACAGCUCAGCGGAGCCAACGGCGCUAAAGACGACCAAGAUGAUUCCAGAAAACAGAAAAACACAACCACGGCGAAAAUCACACGGGCAAAUCAUCCAUUAGUAAGAACAAGUCAGGUAUCAUUAAGUUCAAAUCCCGAUGCGGAUUUUCGAUAUUCAGCUAUUUUUACACCUAUAGGUUUAUAUAGAGGCCGAAUUGUCGCGAUCAAAAAGAUUCGGAAGAAAAGUAUCGACCUGACCCGUGAAAUGAAAAAAGAACUUAAAUUAAUGCGUGACAUCAGGCACGAUAAUUUGAAUCAGUUCAUCGGUGCUUGCACAGAAUCCCCAGAUAUCUGUAUACUGAGCGAGUACUGCAACAGGGGAAGCCUGAGGGACAUACUUGAAAACGAAGACGUAAAAUUGGAUAAUAUGUUCAUAGCAUCAUUGGUUGGUGAUAUCAUUAGGGGAAUGAUAUAUUUACACGAAUCUCCUUUACGUUUUCAUGGCAACUUGUGUUGCUCAAACUGUUUGGUGGACUCUCGAUGGGUUCUUAAACUUUCUGACUUUGGCUUGCAUCUGUUCAAAGCUGGCCAAGACGUGGAAGCAGAACAUGUAAAAUAUGACGGAAAACAUAAAGUUUCAGGACUAAUAUACCGCGCACCCGAGUUAUUAAGAGCCGGAAAAUUUCAGAGUGUUACGACAAACCCUCUAUUUGGUAGUCAGAAAGGGGAUGUGUAUUCCUUCGGCCUGAUCUUAUAUGAGAUACACACGAGAAAAGGACCAUAUGGAGAAAACAACAUGUCUUUUGAUGAGACGAUUUAUCGUUUGAUAAAUUCUUCGCAAAAUGGUGAACCCUAUAGGCCACCACUAGAACCAUUAGAAAAUAGCUUCGACUGCGUGCGUGAAUGUUUGAUGGAAUGUUGGAAUGAAAAUCCGGAAUUAAGACCAGAUUUUAAAACAAUAAGGACCAAACUGAGACCACUUAGAAAAGGAAUGAGACCUAAUAUAUUUGACAAUAUGAUGGCAAUGAUGGAGAAGUACGCGAAUAACUUAGAACAAUUAGUCGACGAAAGAACUGAUCAACUACAAGAGGAGAAGAAAAAAACAGAUUUGCUUCUAUACGAAAUGCUUCCCCGACCAGUGGCUGAGCAAUUAAAACGAAACAACAAAGUCGAAGCAGAAAGUUUUGAUGAAGUUUCCAUUUAUUUCAGUGAUAUCGUUGGUUUCACAGAAAUGUCUGCACAAAGUACACCACUACAGGUUGUAGAUUUUUUGAACGACUUGUAUACUUGCUUCGAUUCCAUAAUUGGCAAUUAUGAUGUUUACAAAGUGGAAACAAUUGGAGAUGCUUACAUGGUUGUAUCCGGCUUGCCAAUAAAAAAUGAAAAUCUACACGCGGCCGAAAUUGCUACAAUGUCUCUCCAUCUAUUGAGAGCAAUCGACAAGUUUCGCAUUAGACACAGACCAGAAGAUAGGCUAAACUUGCGUAUAGGAAUUCACACAGGUCCGGUGUGCGCAGGUGUAGUAGGAUUGAAAAUGCCGCGAUAUUGCCUAUUUGGGGAUACGGUUAAUACUGCGUCCAGGAUGGAAUCAACGGGUCUACCUCUCAAGAUUCAUUGCAGCGAGGCCACAAAGCAUUUAUUAGAUGAAUUAGGUGGUUACAUCAUGGAAGAACGUGGUUAUGUCACCAUGAAGGGAAAAGGGCAACAACUCACUUACUUUUUAAUUGGUGAAGAUGAACAAACGCGCGUCAAACGCUCGCUGGAACGCGAAAAUAGACGAGGUAGUUUGGCACCACCCAAGGAACUACUUGUACCAGAAAACUUAAUAGGACCAAAAAGCUCUCUCAAAACUUCCAAAACAACGAGUAUCAUUCCACGUAGCAGCAGUUUAGAAACGCCAAAGAGAUUGCGUUUUGCCAGCAGCGACACCUUAUAUCUUUCGCAACAUCAUCACAACACAGAAAAUAGUACUUAUUGCAAAUUAUCAAAUUCCAGAACAAAUUCAUUAGAGAAUAAUACAGAAGGAAUAAAUGAAACUCAUAUUUCUGCAACGACUUCUUGUCCUUGUAUUGAACAGCUGGUGCAAAAGACAAUGGGUUUGGCUACGCUACAAUUAAAUUUAAUGGAUAAUAGCAGAAUUGCAUAUAAUAUAGAAUCAAAUGGUUUGAAAAAGGUGAAGGAUAAUGGAAUUAAACGUAAUGGUAAAGCUGAAAUGGUAAAUCCAUUUUUGGAAGACUGCGCCAAGACGCCGUUGUUGGUUAGAGGUUGUGAACGCGUCAAAGACGGUGAUAUUGAAACCAUAGUCUAA